CAUAGAAGAUCUUCGGGAGGUGUUCAGGAAACGCAACAGAGAGACCGUCUUCAGGCAACAUGGAGGACACUGCGACCAGCUGGUCAAACUCAGAUGAAAAUGAUGUUGAAACGUGUAUCUUCUGUUUAAUAGCGAACAAAAAAGACGAAAACACAAAGAUAAUAAAAGAGACUAAAGACCUGGUGUGUUUCAGCGACAUUUUCCCAUGUGCGCCUCACCACUACCUGGUUAUUCCCAGACAGCACAUACUCAGCUGCCUCUCACUGCACAAAGGACACAUUGAUUUAGUUGAAAGAAUGGCUAAACUGGGGAAAGAUGUGCUCCACGACCAAGGGAUUACUGACAUGACGGAUAUAAGGCUGGGGUUCCACCAGCUGCCCUUCAUUUCAGUAGGUCACCUCCACCUCCACGUGCUCGCCCCCGCCAGCCAGAUCUCAAAGUACAUGUUGUAUAAGUUCAUCCCAGAGACCAACCGUUUUGUUACUGAAGAAGUUUUACGCAAGCGUCUUAAAAGUAUCUCCCCACCACUCCAGUAUCAUUAUUUAGAGAACUGCAAGUUAUUUCAGUGCAUCAGUUGUGCUCAGACUGGACUUUAGAUCACAGCAGGGAAACAAAC